UUUUUGUGCUGUCGUGUUGUGCGACAUACGUUUGCCCUAAAAUUGUGAACCAAGACAGACGUUUUUCUUUUUCCACCUCAAAAAUGGACUUGAGCGCUUAUUUGGCGGCCCCUCUGCAACUCGACAAAGUGUGCAGGGCUUGCCUGAUGGUAAAAGGGAACAUGAGGCCCCUUUUCGGGGCUUGUCUUGACGAAAUGCUGGCGAGCUUCACGGGGAUCCAGAUUUCUCAAAAUGAUGGAUUUCCCAGGCACAUGUGCGUUCAAUGCGUUCUACAAUGCAGCAGAGCAUACACUUUCAAGCAGCUCUACGAAAAAUCCAAUGCCAUUCUCCGACAAUUUGUCAGUAAAGAGUUUCAAGACAACUUGAAAAAGUAUCAAGAACAAGAAAAAUCUAGAAACCAAGCAAAAAAAGAGUUGGAAGAACAAUUAAAAUUCAGAUCGCCUUCUCCAGUGAGAAUUAUGUUGGAAGAACCGAAAAUUCUAGAAAAUGAAUGUGUUAGCUUCGAAACUGUUGUGACAUCGCAGGGGCAUUUUAUGCAAAAAACUGAAAUCGAUGACGAAUUUUAUGCUGUAGUUGAAACAGUAGAGGAAAUUGGAGAUGACGAAGGGUCAUUAGGAGAUAUGUCGAACGAGGAAAAAAAUUAUAAAAUUGAUUUGGCCACAUUGAAUGCUAUGACUUCACCAGAACCUCCUGUAACUAAACAAAAAAAAUCUUCAAAAUAUAGUUGUCCAAAAUGUGACGCGCAAUUUCCACUGAGAGUCGACUUGAAAAUUCACAUGAUGAUUCAUCCAAAGGAUUUAAAUUAUAUUUGCAAUACAUGUAAUAAAGCGUUUGCUGAAGCCAGAAUUUUAAGACGUCAUCAAAAGAUUCAUUUGGAACAUAAACCUCAUCAAUGUGACCAGUGCCCAAUGUCCUUUUCUGAAAGCUCGAACUUGAGCAAACACAAAAAAAAGCACACAGGAGAACUGAGAAACAUAAAAGGUAAACCCUAUUUAUGUUCAGUGUGUGGACGAGCGUUCAAGUGGUCCUCCAGUUUACACAAACACAUGAAAUAUCAUACGGGACAUAAAUUGCUCAAUUGUAAUUAUUGUCCUAAGCAAUAUGUGGAAGCUAGAAGCUUGAAAAUUCAUAUGAGGUCACAUACUGGCGAGAGACCAUACGUUUGCAAUAUUUGUAAUAAAAGUUUUACGCAGACUUGUAAUUUGGAGAAACAUAUCCGGGUACAUACUGGAGAGAAACCUUACACUUGCCCUGUGUGCAAUAAAGGAUUUAGCCAAUCUGGAUAUGUGAGUAUACACAUGCGCACACAUACUGGCGAUCGUCCCUACGUCUGUCGAACAUGCGAUAGAGCAUUUUCAGGCUCCAAUACUUUGAAUUUGCAUCAGAGAACUCACACCGGUGAAAAGCCUUACAACUGUGAAAUUUGUGGUAAAAACUUCAGCCGACAGGAAACAUUAACUGUUCACAUUAGAACUCAUACAGGUGAUAGGCCUCACGUUUGCAACAUUUGUCAUAGAGGCUUUACAUCUUCAGGACAACUUUCAGGCCACAUGAAGACGCACACAGGAGAAAAACCACACGCUUGUAAAGUUUGCGACAGAAAAUUCUCAGGAUCAAGUAGCUUAAAAGUUCAUAUGAAGUACCACCAACCGAUUCAGAAAAAGGAAGAAGUCGUUCAAGCGGUACAAUACACCUGUAAACUGUGCAAUAAAAAUUUCGAGGAUGAUACUGCAUUUAAUACACAUAUUUUGGAUGUGCAUGACAUUCAGGCAGCUACUAUUCAAAUAAAGGGGGAUGAUUUGGAAAACUUUACUGAGAUUAUUACCAGUGAUAAUCAGACGAUUCAAGUUCAAACAAUAAGUCAAAUGGAAUAAAUACAUUUAUGUUAAUAGUUGUAUAUUAUGUAGUAAAGAAAAUAUGAAGCUUUUUGGCAAUAUUCAAUAGUUUAUGGUAAAUACUUAAUUAUUACUACAGCUUUCUGUAAUAAAUAUUAUUUUGGUUUUUUUAUAUUUGACCCUGAUAGUAGAUACGUACCAAGAACUCAGUUUUUAAUAGUGUUAGGAUUUUUUAAAACUGAAAUUCUAUGUUCAGUUCAGUGUUCUUAGGGGCUACCGAAACCCAUAAAAUAUGUAUUUUUUAAAAAAUGUAAAAUAAUUAUGCUGUUACACGGCACACUUUUUCUGGGUCUACAGUGAAGAUGGAAUAACUGAGGAAAUUAAAUACAUCGAGGAUCAAAAAUAAACUGGUAACAUAUACAUACAUAACAUACAUAUAAAAAACAUGAGAACAGGGGACAACAUAGUUGACAAAUAGGGCUGAUUCCGCAGAAAUCACAAACCAGUCAGAGUGAAUGUCAUUGGUUGAAACUAGUUUUCUGACUGUUUUCAACCAAUCAAAUUCACUCUGACUGGUUUGUGAUUUCUGCAGAAACAGACCUAAUGUGUCCACAAACUCAAGACAAUGUCCAUUUAUUGUUUGGAAGAUAUAAAAAAAAAACUUUUUUACAAUAAAAUAAAUGUUAUGAAAAAUCAAAAAUAAAUAAUAUACAAACAUACUUAGGCCCGGUAAAUAAACUUACUGGGAACUGUCUACAAGCUAAAUUUAUCAAUCAGACCAUCAGGAUUAUAAAUUACGUUUUUAUCCAUCAGAUAGGGAUUAAUCUGGGCCUUACUCUAUCCAAUCUGACGGACAAAAACGCAAUCCGAUAGGCAAACUCAUUUAGUAGACAGUUAUUAAAAAGUUUAUCUGAAAAUGAAUAAACCGGGCCUCAAACAAAUGCAUUUUUUAUAUACAAACAUUUUACUCAUAACUUUUUGAAAGAUAUUUAUCUAAGAUAUCAGGCUUGACAAACCAAAGAUUGUACAAAGCAGCAUUAUUCACUAAAAUCUUAGGAAUACCUUUCUCGGUUUCACUUGGAUAAACUAAAUUGUUUUUGAGCCGCAGUUUCUCAAAAUCCCAACUUAAAUAGUUUUCUUCGUUGAUGACAAGUACAGGUUGGUCUGGAUUCAUUUCCAAUUCAAGGUCUUCUAAAUUGUUAAUUAUUUUGCAAGUGCUCUCGUAGGUUUUGUACUUUUUCAAAUAGGGAUUUGUUUGCGGAGAACGCUCUACUUUUAUUUUUUUGGAUUUUUUUUUAUUUAACACACACUUUCUUACCGUUUUUUGUUUUUUCGCUUCUCGCUUUUUUUCUCUCUCUAGUCUUAGUUUUCUGUCUAAUAAAUUUUCAUCAUCCUCUGAAGAUGACAAUUCAGUUUGAUUCUCAGAUUCCUUUUUAAAAUGCUCCUUCCACUUCUUUAUCACGUGCAAAUUUUUCUUUUGAAUAGGAGUUAAAUUGUUUCCCUUAGGUUUCUUUAUUGUUUUUUUUCUUGCUUUCCUAAUCUUUUUUACUUGGGGAAUUUCGACAGAUUUUGGCAGUAAUCCAAACUGUCUACUCAACACUUCAGUCUCUUUAUUCAUUUUCCUAAUUGUAUUUUCAUAAUAUUGUACACAGAUUCUACUUCGGUUUUGCUCUGCUCUAUAAAAUCCCAACCUAUCGUUGAUUGAAAAACCUUCAAGGUCCCUCUUAAUGCCCUUUCUGUAUUUCCAAAAUUGAUAUUUAGGAUCGCAUAGGGGAUGGUAUGUGGGUGGAUCAACAGGUGGUUUUGGAACAGGCUGGGGCCGAGGCGUUACAGUGUUUGAUUUGUUAAGUACUACAGCCCCUACUCCAGGUACGGUAAGGGUGAUUGGGUGUACAGAAGAAGCAAUGAAAGGCAAUACCUCAUCCGGAAUUACCAAUAUUUCUUUACCAGAACCAUUCUGCUUAUUCAGUACUAUCCUAUUUGAAUUUUUCAAAAAAUUUGCGGUUAGGGUUGAUGGAGACACUUGUUUAACUAUAAGAGGAGUUGGGGGAGGAUUUCGACAAGGAAUUGACAAAGUUGAUUUAGUUGAAGUAAUAUUUGGCUUUGGAGACAAAUUUUGAGCAACAGUUUGUUUCCCUACUAGUCGAUUUGCAUUAGGGGUGCUAGAUGUUUUAGCUGAUGCAGUUUUGGGGCUAUUAUGAAAAUAUUCUGUUUCUGAUGCUGAAGAUGUGUCCUCGUCACUUAUAUUAUUUUCUGCUUCCUCUGAUUCUACGGUUUCUUCUCCAUUGGAUCUGGAAGAGGCUGGUUGAGCUAAUGUUUGCUUAGUGUCUUCUUCAUCUUCGAUAAACACCGCUUCUAUAUUCGGGUUCCCUUCUUGAAUAGACCGAAGUUUGUCCAAAAUUGUCUUUCUAUCAUCUUGAGAAGAAGAUAUUUCUUUCUGGCUUUUAGAUGUACAUACAAAGCCGUUAUCAUCUAAUAUAUAUUCUCCGUCGCUGAGUUCUACUUCACCCUCGCUCUCGAUAUUUUUGGAAGAAACGCUCAUUUUGG